AGACUUCCGGUGAGUCUCGCGGUACCACCGGAACAGAAGGGACUCCCGAAGUGAGCGGUCGGGGCUUCGCGAUAGUUAGCUAGCAAAAUUUCUUGAGUUUUUGCUUUGAGGCCGACCGGCGAGGAACAGCACAAUGGCUGAAGACAGAUCAGAACGAUCGGACGGGAAGAUCGUAAAAAUGGAGAUUGACUACAGUUCCACGGUGGACCGACGUCUUCCAGAAUGCGAGAAAAUGGCUAAAGCUGGAAGACUCCAAGAAGCCAUUGACAAUUUGUUGUCUUUGGAAAAGCAAACGAGAACAGCUUCAGACAUGGUGUCAACCUCCAGGAUACUAGUGGCCAUCGUCCAGAUGUGUUAUGAGGCGAAAGACUGGGAUGCACUGAACGAAAACGUCAUACUUCUAUCAAAAAGGAGGAGUCAGCUAAAACAGGCUGUAGCCAAGAUGGUGCAGGAGUGCUACACGUAUGUAGAUAAGCUGACGGACCUGACCGUCAAACUGCGGCUCAUUGAUACCCUGCGCACAGUCACUGCAGGCAAGAUCUAUGUGGAGAUCGAGCGUGCCAGGUUGACCAGGACACUGGCCAACAUUAAGGAGCAGAAUGGGGAGGUGAAGGAAGCCGCUUCAAUCCUGCAGGAGUUGCAGGUUGAAACCUAUGGCUCAAUGGAGAAGAAAGAAAAGGUGGAGUUCAUUCUGGAACAGAUGAGGCUUUGCAUUGCCGUGAAGGACUACAUUCGUACUCAGAUCAUCAGCAAGAAGAUCAACACCAAGUUUUUCCAAGAAGAGGGAACUCAGGAAUCCAAGCUGAAGUACUACAAUCUGAUGAUCCAGGUGGAUCAGCACGAGGGCUCCUACCUCUCCAUAUGCAAGCAUUACCGUGCGAUUUAUGACACCCCCUGCAUCUUGGAAGACAGCAGCCAAUGGCAGCAGGCCCUGAAGAGCGUGGUGAUGUAUGCCAUCUUGGCACCUUAUGACAACGAGCAGUCUGACCUGGUACACCGAAUCAGUGCUGACAAGAAGCUGGAAGAGAUUCCCAAAUACAGGGACCUUUUGAAGCAGUUCACCACCAUGGAGCUAAUGCGUUGGGCGUCUCUGGUGGAGGAUUAUGGGAAGGAAUUGAGGGAGGGGUCCCCAGACAGUCCUGCCACAGAUGUUUUUGCCUGUACUGAGGAGGGCGAAAAGAGAUGGAAAGACCUAAAAAACAGAGUGGUAGAACAUAACAUAAGAAUAAUGGCAAAGUAUUACACAAGGAUCACAAUGAAAAGGAUGGCCGGACUUCUCGAUCUUUCUGUCGAUGAGUCUGAAGAGUUUCUUUCCAACUUGGUGGUGAACAAGACGAUUUAUGCCAAGGUGGACAGGUUGGCCGGUAUCAUCAAUUUCCAGAGGCCAAAGGACCCCAAUGAUCUUCUGAACGACUGGUCACACAAACUGAAUUCGCUCAUGUCGUUGGUGAACAAAACCACUCACCUCAUUGCCAAAGAGGAGAUGAUACACAACCUUCAGUAGAGAGUGCGGCAAGAUCAAGUGCUUGGUUUUGAAACGGAUUUAUAUAGAUUUACGUUCCGUGUCCCUUCCCAUGUCAUGGAUAAUGAACACCAACUUACAGACCCCCUUCAAUUAUGAUUGGCUCAUUGUGAUUUCACUUUGAGUAAAUGUUUUCUUGCAGAUUCUGAUGACAAUACACGAAGUUCUUUGUUUUUUAAAAAUAUAUAUAUUAUAAAUCUGUUCUGGCAGUCCCGUAACAUAAAUCUGAAAAUUAAAACACUUGGGCCGACCAUUAAAUACAAGCUUUGUUGAUUGGACACCGUCUCUGGGUGGACUAUGUUAAUAGUAGAUUACAGAAGGUGUACCCGUUUUCUACAUUUUGUGAAGUGUUACAUUGAAUGUUUUGUUUAGUUACAUAAACUGAGCAAUAUACGUUAUAUUAAAAAAAUCCUCUGUUCUGAUAGA